UCGAAAGGAAGAGAGAAAUGUCGUUCACUUCUAGUUCCAGGGGAGGAAUAACGACGGACCCCCAAAUCUCAAAGAAAUGGACACACAGAGAAACAAGUCCGGAAAGAACCAAAGUUUGGACCGAGCCCAAGCCCAAAACGCCCAGAAGAGUCUCCGUCGUUUACUACCUCUCCCGGAAUGGCCAACUCGAGCACCCUCAUUUCAUGGAGGUUCCUCUCUCCUCUCCUCAUGGGCUCUACCUCAAAGACGUUAUCAAUCGUUUGAACCUUCUCCGCGGGAAAGGCAUGGCCACCAUGUACUCUUGGUCCGCCAAACGGAGCUACAAAAACGGCUUCGUUUGGCACGAUUUGUCGGAGAACGAUUUCAUCUACCCCACGCAGGGGCAAGACUACAUUCUCAAAGGAUCGGAGAUUCUCGAUCACGCUGCUUCUGCCGCGAGGUCUAACAAAUCCGAGGACGAUUCCGAUUCUCCGGUGGUCAUCACCAGGCGGCGCAACCAGUCGUGGAGCUCCAUAGACUUGAACGAGUACCGAGUUUACAAGUCCGAAUCGUUCGGUGAUUCGGCCGGGAAAAUCGCCGCCGACGCGUCGACUCAGACGGACGACAAGCGGAGGCGGAGGAGGACGGCGAGGGAAAAGGAAGGAGAAGAAGAGAAGAGUGAAAUUGAAGUGGAGAUGGAGGGAGAGAGGGUUCCGCACGGGACGUGUCAUAAUCAGAGUACGGAACUGAGUAGAGAAGAGAUCUCGCCUCCACCGUCGGAUUCGAGUCCCGAGACGCUGGAGACGUUGAUGAAGGCUGAUGGACGGCUGGGAUUGCGAUGUUCGGAAAAUGAAAAGGAAAAUCUAGCGGCUGAGAGCUUUCCUAGUGGGAGGAUGAGGGCUUCAUCGGUUCUGUUGCAGUUGUUAUCGUGCGGUGCCGUGUCUUUCAAGGGUAACUCGGUGAAAGAUGAAGGGUUCUCGUUGGUGGGGCACUACAAGUCGAGGUUGCCCCGCGGAGCAGGGAAUCAUGAGGGCAAGGAAGCUGGGACAAUAAUGGAAAUUCCAGAUUUGAGCAGGGUAAGGUUGGAAGAUAAAGAGUAUUUUAGUGGGAGUUUGAUCGAAACCAAAAAAGUGGAAGCCCCUGGUUUGAAAAGAUCUUCUUCUUACAAUGCAGAUAGCGGUUCCCGGUUGCAAAUCGUCGAUCAUGAAGGAGAAGUCGUGCGGGCAAAGUGCAUACCGCGGAAGUCCAAGACACUUCAAACAAAGAAAGAAGAGGGUGCUUCCAUGCAUAUUGUUAGCAGUAGCCAACACGGGAGCAAAAGAUUUGAAGCACAAAAAUAA